CUUAGAUGAUGGUGCCUUUGAGGGACAAUUUAUGCGAGGAUUUCAUAAUAAAUUACGAGAAAGAAUUAUGUAUUCAUUUCUUCAAGUUUGGCAGUCAAACUUUCGAUUUUGUGAUCAGAGGAUUAAAAGUUCACGCACAUAAAUUGCUAAAAAGUUAUGUAUAAAUUUUUGACACCAUUCACAAAAUCAGAAUGAUUUUUUAUCUCAUAUUUCUUCAGAUUUUUCAAAUUUUGUUGAACACUUGCUUUACCUUAACCUCCGACUUUGUUUUUCCAAAUCAACUUUAUGAUGGCAGUGAAUGUUUGCUUAAUGCAAAUAAUGAGAAUGGAACAUGCAAAGAAUUUCUAAAAUGCCAGCAAAUAUUAAAUGAAAUAGAGAAUGGUUUGAGAAGUUCUAAUUUUCAAGAUCAUUGUAGCCUUUAUGGUUCGAAGGAACUUGUUUGUUGCCCAUUACAACAGGUCUCUACCUACGUUGAAUUUGGCCUUCGACCUAGUGACGUAGCGAAAAACAGUGGAAUAAUCAUCCAAGAAAAAAUAAUCGAAAAUUUGGACAGUGAAGUGGCAAGAGAGGGUGAAUUUCCUUUCAUUGCUUCACUUGGAUAUCGCAUCAACAAUGAUACAUCAAAUAAAAUAGACUAUAAAUGCGGUGGUUCUUUAAUUAACACACUUUUUGUUCUGACCGCCGCACAUUGCAUGAUAAAUGUAAACAACGAUCUUCCAAUAGAGGUGAGACUAGGUUUUGUGAACGAAAAUAUUUCUACCAACGGCGUACAACGAAUUCCAAUAGUGAAAUACUAUUCUCAUCCAAAUUAUAAUCCAUUCGAGCAUUAUUAUGACAUUGGUCUAGUGAAAUUAGGAAAACCUGCCGAAAUAACAGCAACUGUUCGACCAAUUUUUCUCUACGUCAAACCAAUUGCCAGUGAAUUUACAGAAAAGAAUAAUUUAUUUACAGCCGGAUUUAAUGUAAAUAAAGCUGGUUUCGAAUAUCCUGAAAAAAUCUUGAGAUUCUUUAAUUUGAAACUCGUUGAUAAAUCUCGUUGUUCACAAUUAUUUAGAGGAAUAUCAGAUCUUCCGUUUGGUCUCGACGAAAGUAUGAAGUGUGGUAAAGAUGUGAAUGAUAAGAGAUUAUUCGACGUAUGUCAAGGUGACAGUGGUGGUCCCUUAUUUUUAAAAAAGGAAAAUACCUUCUCCCUCGCUGGUGUCAUUGCAUUUGGUAUCGGAUGCACUGGUCAUGCCCCAACAGUGUACAUUUCAAUUUAUCACUAUUUAGAUUGGAUAGAGACUCAGGUUCGGAGUUCAUAGAUGAGAAUAAAUUAUAAAUCUGCGAAAAAUGAAAAAUUAAUUAGGAAAUUAUAAACGAA